GCUUUAUCUGUAAGCGUACAAGACUACCAUCCAAAGGCGUUGGCAAUACAAUAUAACGCAACAGCAGCUAUGCCACAGAAUGCCAAAGUGACAGUGUUUUUUGGGCCCUAUGAAGCUUGUGGUUGUGUAAAUCAUUACACAGCACGACUGGAAGGGCUUGAGACCUCUCUCAUGAAAGAAGGACAUGAGGUUGAAUUUGAAGAAAUGAAAGACUUGAACAGUGUUGAGCUUUGGGUGAAUGGUGAACGUAUUUUCACUUGUAAAAUACAAGACUUAGAUUAUGGCGGUGAUGGCAUUUUGGACGAGAAUGUACAGAAAGCUGUAGCAGCAGUUCAGAACGCUUUUUGAAUAUGGAUCACCA